AUGUCUUGCCGAACGUGCUUGGUACUGGUGGCUUUGGCCUUGACGGCCUUGACCAGUGCAGAGGACGCAACUGGUCAUUCCCCUGAGCUGACUGAGUUGCCAGAUGAGAGGGGCUUGCCAGACACUCCAGGGCCAUACAAAGAAGCGCCAAGUGACGCUGAUGCCGAAAAGCCUGCGCAUGCCAUGCCAGCUUGGAGGUCCAAGGUUCCUAAUGCCACCCAGGGUAGCCUUGGCAGCUUGGUGUCUUUGAAAGCUUGGCAGGACUAUCAGUUCUGCAACGUUCACAAGACAGGUUUCUUCUGCGAUGGCACCACUCGCAUUCGCUGCUGUAAGUUGGAGGAUGGCUACGCCAAAUGCGGUUCAACUGCAAACUCAGGCACUUGUGCAGCCGAGAAGCCUGACUUAUCCAAGCUGAAAAGCCUUGGGUUCUAUAAAACAAGACAGGCAAGCAGCUUUUGCCAGAGACAGCUUCACGUCGGCACCUAUUGCUACAAGCACCGCUACGUCUACUGCUGCAACUAUGGAGCGGGAGUUGUAGAAUGCCAACCUCAACACCACCAUUCGUCCCAGUGUGACGUCAUGUCUUGCCGAACGUGCUUGGUACUGGUGGCUUUGGCCUUGACGGCCUUGACCAGUGCAGAGGACGCAACUGGUCAUUCCCCUGAGCUGACUGAGUUGCCAGAUGAGAGGGGCUUGCCAGACACUCCAGGGCCAUACAAAGAAGCGCCAAGUGACGCUGAUGCCGAAAAGCCUGCGCAUGCCAUGCCAGCUUGGAGGUCCAAGGUUCCUAAUGCCACCCAGGGUAGCCUUGGCAGCUUGGUGUCUUUGAAAGCUUGGCAGGACUAUCAGUUCUGCAACGUUCACAAGACAGGUUUCUUCUGCGAUGGCACCACUCGCAUUCGCUGCUGCAAGUUGGAGGAUGGCUAUGCCAAAUGCGGUUCAACUGCAAACUCAGGCACUUGUGCAGCCGAGAAGCCUGACUUAUCCAAGCUGAAAAGCCUUGGGUUCUAUAAAACAAGACAGGCAAGCAGCUUUUGCCAGAGACAGCUUCACGUCGGCACCUAUUGCUACAAGCACCGCUACGUCUACUGCUGCAACUAUGGAGCGGGAGUUGUAGAAUGCCAACCUCAACACCAGAGCGGCCGCUGGUGCAUGGAUGUCCAUUCGUCCCAGUGUGACGUCAUGUCUUGCCGAACGUGCUUGGUACUGGUGGCUUUGGCCUUGACGGCCUUGACCAGUGCAGAGGACGCAACUGGUCAUUCCCCUGAGCUGACUGAGUUGCCAGAUGAGAGGGGCUUGCCAGACACUCCAGGGCCAUACAAAGAAGCGCCAAGUGACGCUGAUGCCGAAAAGCCUGCGCAUGCCAUGCCAGCUUGGAGGUCCAAGGUUCCUAAUGCCACCCAGGGUAGCCUUGGCAGCUUGGUGUCUUUGAAAGCUUGGCAGGACUAUCAGUUCUGCAACGUUCACAAGACAGGUUUCUUCUGCGAUGGCACCACUCGCAUUCGCUGCUGCAAGUUGGAGGAUGGCUAUGCCAAAUGCGGUUCAACUGCAAACUCAGGCACUUGUGCAGCCGAGAAGCCUGACUUAUCCAAGCUGAAAAGCCUUGGGUUCUAUAAAACAAGACAGGCAAGCAGCUUUUGCCAGAGACAGCUUCACGUCGGCACCUAUUGCUACAAGCACCGCUACGUCUACUGCUGCAACUAUGGAGCGGGAGUUGUAGAAUGCCAACCUCAACACCAGAGCGGCCGCUGGUGCAUGGAUGUCCAUUCGUCCCAGUGUGACGUCAUGUCUUGCCGAACGUGCUUGGUACUGGUGGCUUUGGCCUUGACGGCCUUGACCAGUGCAGAGGACGCAACUGGUCAUUCCCCUGAGCUGACUGAGUUGCCAGAUGAGAGGGGCUUGCCAGACACUCCAGGGCCAUACAAAGAAGCGCCAAGUGACGCUGAUGCCGAAAAGCCUGCGCAUGCCAUGCCAGCUUGGAGGUCCAAGGUUCCUAAUGCCACCCAGGGUAGCCUUGGCAGCUUGGUGUCUUUGAAAGCUUGGCAGGACUAUCAGUUCUGCAACGUUCACAAGACAGGUUUCUUCUGCGAUGGCACCACUCGCAUUCGCUGCUGCAAGUUGGAGGAUGGCUAUGCCAAAUGCGGUUCAACUGCAAACUCAGGCACUUGUGCAGCCGAGAAGCCUGACUUAUCCAAGCUGAAAAGCCUUGGGUUCUAUAAAACAAGACAGGCAAGCAGCUUUUGCCAGAGACAGCUUCACGUCGGCACCUAUUGCUACAAGCACCGCUACGUCUACUGCUGCAACUAUGGAGCGGGAGUUGUAGAAUGCCAACCUCAACACCAGAGUGGCCGCUGGUGCAUGGAUGUGUUUCUCUAAUUCGUUCUAGGUCUGAUCGGGUUUUGAUCAGUGGAAAUGUCAGGAAAAUCGGCGCCUUGUUUUUUUCCCCUCCUUGAGGCCCUUUUGCAACCCUGGGAUCGGUACACAGAUUUACAGAACGAUGAUUGAAUGCUCUGCCUGCUCUGCCUGCUCUGCAGGCGCAGCGGCACUGGAUGGAACUGACCACAGCUUUGCCAUUGCUGCAGUGGUACGAGCCAACGGCAGACAAUGACCUCCAGUGCCCAGGGGGCUGUAGGGCAGUUACCUUGCUGAGACCGAUUAGGACUUGGCGUGGUGGCAUUGGUUUUUUUUUCACAAGCAGCUCUAUAUAGCUACAAAAUGCUGCAACAAGAAGCUUCCAUAAUCUGACAGUGUCUCACCCGGUCUCACCUUUAUGUUCGAAAAA